AUGAAUCUAUUGGUUUUAUUGCUAGCAAUAUUUCCAAUCAUCAUGACCAUUGGAACUGUUUUGGGCAACAUUCUUGUACUGAUUGCUGUAGUAUUAAGCAAUGGACAUCCAACAAGAUUUCUGAUUGCUAACUUAGCUGUUGCUGACCUUUUUGUUGGCACCAUAGUUAUGCCAUUAGCUGUGUCAAAUAUCCUUACUCGUUCACGUUGGAUUUACGGACUUGGAUUAUGCAAAUUAUGGAUUUCAUUAGAUGUGAUUUGUAGUACAGCAUCUAUUGUGACUUUAUGUGCCAUAAGCUGUGAUCGUUAUAUUGGUGUUACACGGCCACUUCAAUAUAACGUCUAUGUGACGCGCACACGUGUUCUUUAUACGUGCUUUGGUAUUUGGCUCAUCUCAGUUGCAAUACUGUCAGCAACAGUACGAUGGACAAGAAGUGAAGUGCUUGAUUGGAAAUGCAACGUGGCUGCAGAGCUUCGUUUAGUAUUUGAGUCUACCAUUGGCUCAUUUUUUAUUCCACUUAUAAUCAUCUGCUUUUUAUAUUACAGAAUAUUUCAGGUUGUUAACAAAGGAUACUGUCCAUCAGCAAAACCUGCUAGUAUUCAAUAUAAGGGUAAAAAACGAGUGCGAGUAACGCUUCUUUCAUGGGCACAAUAUCGAGAACCAGAAAAGGAACGACAAUGUCGUCGCGCAUUUCAAAAGCAGCGAAAAACUGCUAAAACUUUAGGAAUUGUCGUUGGAGCAUUUAUUCUCUGCUGGACACCUUUUUUUGUGCUACAUUCAUUAAGUGGAUUAUUUGAAACUCAAUUGGUUCCUCAUUAUAUUAUGGAUAUUUUCACGUGGCUAGGUUAUUUUAAUAGCAUGUUGAAUCCGUUUAUUUAUGGGACAACUAUGAAGUCUUUCAGGAAUAGUUUCCGAUCCAUUAUUGUCCAUAUCAACUUCUGUUUACUUAUUUCUAAUCGGUUUUUUAAUAAUCGUAAAGAAAUAAAGCGCUCUGGGCUUCAUAUCAGUACGAAGCAAUACAGUACACGAAUUGUCACAGCGGAUUCAUCACUCAGUGAAAUUCAUAUUUCCAAUGAACAUUUAAGUGAUAAAGAGCUAGCAAAGGCAUUAAAAUUAACACCAAGAUCUCAUGCUGAUGCAAAUUUUGCCCAAAAAUUAUCGAAUGAUUUGAAAGUAAAUAAGACAAAUUCUGAUAGCAUUACCAGUUUACUGAAUCUUAAGUUGUAUAGUAUGCUUGUUAACUUUAGAUCAACUGACUUGUAA